UCCAGCGACCGGAGGAGCAGCAGCAACGAAGGAGCAUCGCAGCUGCCGGGCCGGGGAAGAAGGCGAGAGCCGGCCCGGCUGCCUUUGCUUGGAUGCUGGGGGGCUUGGAUUGAGCUUUGGGGGGCCCUGAGAGAGAAGAGGAGCCCCCCAUAAGCCACCCCCCUCCUUCCCUUGGGUGGAAGAAGAAGAAGAGAAGGAGGAAGGAGAAGAAGAAGAGGAGGAGGAGGAAGAAGGAAAGAGCUCUCCUUCUCCAUCCUUUCCCUGGCCAUGGCUGGGAGGGACCCUUUUGGGUGGGACCUCCCCCCACAGCAAUGGCAGGGGACCCCUAUCACCUCCACCUCUUAAACUUGGUGGCCAACUUUUGCACCUCCCAAAAAAGGGGGCCCCUGAUGCAGAGGUUGGACUGAAUCUGGGAGCAAUUGAAUCUCUUGAAUUUUUUUGGAAUUUUUUUUCUUGGGGGGUGUCCUUCCUUUCUGCUGAGGUCCAGCCCCUAGGUAGGACCCAUGGCUGGGCUGGCCAAGAUCUGAACCCCCAAGCCAGCCACCCCUCCCGCCUCCAUUUUGGGCAUCCCUCGGCGUAAGGAUGUGGAUGCAGCGGUUCUGGGGGACCAGGUCAGGUUAUCCUGUACGAAGCCAUGCUUGGAUUUUAAUAGCCAUGUUUCGACUUGCCAUGGAUUUCACCUCUUGUGACUCUUUGGGCCAAGGCCAUAGACACCCCUUGUUGCAAAGACCUGCUCUCCGGUACGGAUUCCCUCACGGCCCUUUGUGGAGUCUUAGAUCCGGGCAGCAAGCGAGGGCUCAUGGGAUUGUGAGGCACCACGUGUUUUCCUCUUUAGAACGCUCUAGCGGGCAGCUGCCCAAAACGUAUCAUUCCAAAAGGCUACACAAAGCCACGGACCUCCUCUGGAAAAGCGGGCAGCCGGAACGCUUGGCCGCUGUGAAAUCAGGACUAUCCCUGCUGGCCUCUGGGAGAACGGAGUCCUUGAAACGGAGGAAAAGGUACCUGCGGGCCAUCGGCAAGCCCACCAUGGAGCCGGAGGUGAUCGUCUGGGGGUCGACCAGUCCGUUGGAUCCCCUUGAGAGCAGCACCUUCCCGGGGAUUUACGAGAGCACCACCACCACUUCUGUUUUACAACGUACCACCAUGACCACCACCAUGACCACCACCACCAUGACCGCCACCGUCACAACCCCUACCCCUGCCACUUCCACGACAGUCCAGCCCAAAGGGCCCGGCCCUGGAUUUAACACCCCCAGGAAAAACCCAGGUGGGGUCAGCACAAUGGGACCACCGGCCACCUCUGAUGGCAACAGGAAAGAAGUCGAUGCUCCUCCGCUGAAGACACCAGGAGAUAGUUCAGGUCUGGCUGUCCAUCAGAUUAUCACCAUCACCGUCUCUCUCAUCAUGGUCAUUGCUGCUCUGAUCACGACGCUCGUCUUAAAAAAUUGCUGUGCCCAAAGUGGGAACGCGAGGAGGAACGGCCACCAACGCAAGAUUAACCAGCAGGAAGAAAGCUGUCAGAACCUGACGGACUUCACUCCAGCCCGAGUGCCCAGCAACUUGGACAUAUUCACAGCCUACAACGAAACUCUCCAGUGCUCCCACGAGUGUGUAAGGACUCCUGUGCCCGUCUACACGGAGGAGACCAUCCUCUCCCCGGGGGACUACAAGGCAUCCUUCAAUGGGAACAGACCCUCCUCUUCUGAUCGGCACCUCAUUCCUGUGGCCUUUGUGUCUGAGAAAUGGUUUGAAAUCUCCUGCUGACCAGACGAAGUCUGUUUUACUUCCUGGGGGGCUGGGCAGACGCCAUGUGUCUUUUUCCUGGAUUCCAGUGGUGAACCUGUAAAAAUAAGUAAAUGAAUGGGUCACCUAAAUACUACCAUUUGUGUUUCCUGACGGAAGACUCAAAGAGCAGCCAAAUAUAUUUUUAUAUAAUUUUAAAAGAACGAAAGGGAUCUUCCCCAACCUGGGAUGGCAUUUUUGUGGACUGGGUUGUUUUUCAUGGGAGACGGGAGGGAUGGGAUCCGGAAUCGAGUCCCGAGCGAAGACCGAGGAAAGAAACGCGCCGGACCGAGUCAUGGCUUCCGUUCGGGAAUAUGCAGACUGUGGAUAUUUUCUUCUGAACCUGUGCCAAUAAUACCAUUAUGUGCCAUGAAUCGCCCGGGAAAAACGUCUCGAGAAGAUUAGGUUAAGUGGGGAAAUGUGUCAAAACCCUUUACUGAAAGCAAAGGUGGGGAGGGUAUAUCUCUUCGGUAUUUCUUGUUACUAUACAUACCUGCAUAUAUAUAUAUAUAUAUAUAAGAUAUAUAUAUAUAAAAAGAACACAAACACUUUUUGUACUGUAGCAAAUUUUUGAAGAAAAAAAAUAAGAAAUCUUAAAUGUUCAUUUUUUUAAAGCAAAGAAACAAGUAUUGUGGGUUCGGUAUAUAUGAUUCCGUUGGACACACUUAAGUAUACGGACUUAUAAAAUAUAUAUAUAUAUAUAUAUAUUUCAUGUUUUCUAUUUCGGGAAUUUAGUUCGCACAGACAUACAGACACUCAUCUUUUAAGUCUAUUUCCAUGAUGGGACGGUUGAGGAAACAUAUCAGGCCCCUAUUUUAUGGAGCUUGUAUUGGUUCCAGCUCUUAGUUGGCCACGCAUGUGGUUUGGUGAAGCAAGACUGAGAGACCCAAACCCAAUUUCGGCGUGCAAAACCCUAGUCAAAACCAAUUCAAGUGUGAAUUGGGAAUUGGAAUUGGAAUUGGAAAUAUGGUUGCACCGGGUAGCUCCGGCCCUCAGAGGUUGCAAAGUGGCCUACAAUGGUUGGUGGCCAUGAAGUUGUCCAUUGAAAUGGCUUUGGUGAGUCCGUCCAUCCACAUGGCGUUUCUUCGCAAGCAGAAACUCUGAGCUGUGUCCAAAUAGGGCUUCCCUGAAAAGAUGGGUUAGGACUUGGGUCUUCAACUAUGUCAGGACUGAUUGAACCGUGAACCAAAGUAGCAUUAACUUCUGGAUGGAUUCGGAUGGACCGAAAUGGCCUCUGGAAAUUUCCCCAACCUAUUUGUGGCUGGAUAAAUUGGAGCUGGGGGAGAGACAUGUCACAAUUUACAAGAAGGAGACCUUUUCCGAAAUUGUAUUGAGGCAGAGGAGCUUCACCGCUGCUCAUCCCAAAAACGCUGUUUGGUUUUGCUUUCACCCAACGAGUAUUUGAUUUCUUUAGCUCCCAUUGCAAGUACAGUUGGCCCUCUGUAAUCCAUGGCUUCUGCAACCAUGGAUUCAACCAUUCAUGGCUUGAAACUAAUUUU